AUGGCUUGUGCUACCGCCCAGGCAUCGUUAGUGACAUCGGUCGAGAAGCGGUUCAAUCGUAGCCUGUCGACUCCAGAUUUGGUGUCUUCAGUUUCGACCAUUUCCAAACGUUCCCUCGUCCUGGAUUCGGCCGCCAAUCCGCUACAGCCUUUGGACAUGGAGACGUUGUCGCGACGUCAGUCUUCACUGACUUCUUCGAACGACAAUCCCGUAACCUUCUCGCCAGAAGACCGACCUCAUUCACGAUCCAACGAACUCACCGUCCCAAUUCAAGAAACCCAAAAUGGCUCAAUUAUAUCGUUUGGCAAUGUAGAGUUAAUGAGGUCCUCGUCCGAUAUGAAUGUAGAGACCUACAUUGACGAGAACGGACACAAAAUCAGCGUGCACAGUCCGCCGCCUGAUGAGAUUAGGCGAACGCUCCUGUCGUUCCAGAACGUUGGGAGAACGUUGCAAAAGACACACAGUCAUUUGAAGAGGACACGGUUACUACACAUGUUCUACUUCCUCGCACUUCCGGUAUACACGGUCAUUGGGGCUGUUAUCUUUCAUGUAGGUUUAGCGAUUUCAAGUAAUUUUUUGAAAUUUGUAAAUAUAAAGCUAGUUUUGUCAGUCUGGUUUUGUCUCAACACGAAAACCCUGAAAAUUAAUUUUGGUCUUUAAAUGCCAUAAAAAGGAUCUGUUCUAGUAAUUUAUGUUGUUUUAGUCGUUCCUUUAUAAAAACAAACGUAAAACAAACGUUUUUUUAUAAAAUAAUUUUAUUUAUUACCUAAUUUAAUUACCAAAAUUCAAUACCUCAAUAAAACCCCUAAUUACAUUACAAUAAACCAAUUCCAGGCAUUGGAAAGCGGACACGACGAGCGUGUAGCCGAACUCUACAAGGUCAGAUGUCUGACCGACCGCUCCCAGAAGCUACUACAAUUAGAGGAACUGUGCGCGUCUUCUGGAGUUAAUUGCUACAAUCACUUCAAAGAGUUCCUGACGUCAAUAGACAGAUGCUACAGGGAAUGGCAGUCGGACAACAAAACUAUCGUGCACCCGAUGUCUGACUUCACGAAUGCCAUCGUGUAUGCAUUCAGGUGGGUCACGCAAUGUUGUUUAUGUGAUAGUUAAGAUGGUUUUUGUGGUGGGGAUGUUAACAUGUAUUUUAAACUUUUUGGACAUAUCUGUUGACAUUUUUACCAAGAAAGCGGUUUGGAAUACUUUUGGUCUCACCGCGAAAACCCUGAUUAUCAUUUUCAAGAAAGAAAAGGCUAGCAAAGAUGAAAACAUGUUGAAGUAGGUGUCACCAUCUUAAAUUUUGCAUACAGCAACUCAAUACACACACAAUUGUACAUAUUACAUUGUAAAACAGUAUGAGACUUCACAAACUGCAGUAAUAUACCACUUUUUUAUACAAAAUAGUAGUAUUACAUACAAUAUAACAAUUGUAGGUAUCUUGAAACGUAUAAAGUAAUCAUUAAAAUUAAAUUUUACUUCCUUUUCUCUAUCUUAUAGUAGCUACAUUAACCAUACCUUUUGAAGCACUAUAUUACUGUCUUUCCUCACAAUUCGUAUGUUCUGUGAUUUCUCUUUUAAGUGGCUCAAUUGUUAUUUACAGUCCACCAAAUCCGUAGAAUAACAGAGUAAGAAAACAAGAUUUUAUGUCACGCUUAAUAGAAUUGCCAUAGCAAACCCGGAAUUGACAGAACUAUAAUAUAAUUUACACAAAAAGCUUCUAUAAUAUUAUAUUUACGAACAGAUACUAUAAUGUAGUUGUAAAAUGACAUAAUAUAAUAUGCAAACACAUAUUUAAAUAGAGGAAUUGAAUUACGAAGCAGUUCAAAAGUUUAAAAACUAAACGCAAAUGCAAAACGAGGGCAAACGAUUUAAAGUCUAGUAUAAUAUUGUGUUAGAGGCUCUGUUUUUAUUUUUUGGUCCAGACUAGGCACCUUUUUCAAGUCCAGGUAUUUUUAAAGUCUGGUCCGGUUUAGAAAUUUUAUUCUCAGACCGAACCAAGCCGGAUCGUUCCAGGAAAAAAACUGUUUAGAACUAUAGUGUAUCGAUAAACUUUUGAAUAAAAAAGGUCUCAAAAAACAUAAAAGUGCAAAAAAGUGACAAAUUCGAACCGGAUUAUGGAAUUUAAGAUGAGGAAACUCAAUGAAUACGUUUGCAAGACAUUAACAUAUCAAAGGAAAUAAAAUUUCAAAUUUUUUGGUUAUUGUCAGAGACAAUUCUGAUCUCAAAAGAAAUUAUAAUUUUUUAAAAUUCAAAAUAUUAGAGUGUUCAAAUAAUUCUGUGCCUCUAAGCAAAGCAACUUUUUGAAUUACAGGAUCAUGUUAACAACUUUAUAUACUUUAAAACAAUAACUUAACUUCAAAAUAUUUUAGUGUCUACACAUCUAUCGGCUAUGGCACAGUAUCCGCCAGCACGGUAUCAGCUCGUGUAGCUACUGUAAUAUACGCAGCCUUGGGCAUUCCAUUGUUCUUCGCUUUUGUCAAAGAAGAAGGUAACCAAUGUCGCAUCUGGUUCAUCCGAGUUUACAAUUAUUUGAAGCGAUGGAAACGACAGCGACAUCGAAAGUGUUGUUGGGGUAAGGAUUUUCACUUUUUAAGUUUUAAGCGACAAUAUUUUACAAAGCAUUUUUUAUUGGUGUAAAUAAUCGACCAUAGUUUGGUAAAAUACGUGUUAAAUUUUUUCCUUCAUACAGUAGAGUUAGUGUCAUGCUUUAUGAUUAGAUGUUGUUUUACAUUUUUAUGUUGUAUAAACAAAAUUUCAAAAACCAUUUUUAUAGUGUUUUUGUUUUGUCAUCCAAACAUCAUCUAUGUUUAGUUUAAGUUCUUUAUCCGGAAACUCUAAUUCUGUCCCAUUUCUUGCAUAGCUAACUUUAUGGGAUUGUUCUUUGAACAUACCAUCUCAUAUGUUAUGUAGACUUCUUUAACUAUUUAUUAGAUCAAAUUCAUUGAACCUAAACAUCUGUAUCUGUAGACAACUUAUCUUUAACUUAAAAUGCUCUUUGAACUCUUUAUAUCUUAUACAUUGGUCUUAUUUAUCUAUACGAAACAUAGACAUUGUUUAUUGUCGUCUAUAAGUACCAUUUUGUCUGUAUUUUGUUUGAUAUGUUAUAUAUUCUGUACAGCCUUAGCUAUCUUCUGUAAAAAGCAUGUACAUCAUGAGCUAUGCUCAUCUUACAUUAAUCUAUAAAGCCAAAAAAGGAAUUCAAAUACGUACUUCUAUUAUGAGCUUGUUUUCAAUGAUAUGGUUCAUUUACUGAACCCAAAAAGGCUUAAAAACACAGUAGGACAUGUUUUCUAAACAAGGAUCAUGAGGUCACUUUUGUCAAUGUAUAGGCCAUGGUAAUGAAUAGGUCAUUAUAUUGCUUUUAUGAUAAUGAAUAUAGCAUCAUAUUACUUUUACGACAAUAAUAAGGUCAAAAAAUACUGUAUCAGAAAAGGUCAUAACACUAUUUAGAAAUGAAUAAAGUCAUAAAAUUAUUUUUUCAAAUGAUAAGCCCUAAAAUGGCAUUAGAAUAAUGAUGACUCGUUUAGUACUCAAGUCGGAUGACAAGAAAAACAGCGACAAUGACGCGAUGACAUUACGCGACUGUGAUGACGACAAUAUGGAAAACGGGAAACCCUUCUUCACACAACAUUUGAGUAUCUUCGGUAAGGAAUACUGUAAUCUACUGUAAUAUUUAGAGACUUAAAACAUAACUUUCAAAUUUUAAACUUUUUUGUCGCUACAACUUUAAAAGUAACCAAUUACUGUGACAAACUAUAAGCUACCUUUCAGACCCCCAAUACAUAACAUGCUCGGAUCAGCGACGAGUGUUUGUCGCCAGUGUGCUGGUCUUUGUGAUAUAUUUACUGCUGGCCAGCUAUAUUUACUCAGUAAUGGCUCAGUGGGAUUACUUCACUUCGUUUUACUUCACUUUCAGCAGUGUCGCGUUGAUUGGUAAGUAAUUGCAUAAAUUAUAAGCCUAUGAAUAGCAACAGCUAGGAAUAGUAAUAUUGUUUACUCUGCUUUUGUUUUCGCACUUUUAAAGCAUUUGAGAGAAUUUGCAUCAAAAAUGGGUAAUUAGGUUUACGUGGCACAGUUAUGACAAAUAUUGUUAUUCUGUAAUUGUUGUGUAUAAAUAGAUUUGGUUUGGGCAAUUACUGUAACUUAAAGUUCAAAAACUUUGAAUUCAAAAGUUUAAAAGUGCAAACAGUAUUUAAAAGUACAAAAAAAGUCGCAAGAAUGUAUUUUAAAAACUAAAAUUAAAAACUCAAAUUUCAGGUUUUGGCGACGUCUACCCCAACGAUCCACGUAUCAUCCUCGCCAACAUGGUCUUCAUAGUGAUAGGAGUGGUACUGUUCAGUAUGUGCUACUUUAUCUUACAAGAAGAGAUCCGUGCGACAGCAUUUGAAGCUUCGAGACGUGCACGCAUGAGUAUCUCCAAGUACUCUCACUCUCUGAUGCUACACAAACCACCGUGGUCGAGAAGAAAUUCUCCAGCGUUCGACCAGAACUCGUCGAAUUCAUCGUCGAAGAAGUUUCAACAGAACAGAAAGCGACGACAAAGUGCACCAGCUAUCACAGUACAAAUGGACAGGUGA